AUGGCAACCACAUCGCCAUCUCCAAACUCAUCUCCGUCGGCUGUGCCACCAGCUUCUAAUACUACUUCAACACCACCACCACAACCACCCUCAACUAUUACACCAUCUUCUCAGCCAAGUUUGGAUUCACCAGAACCCUCCAACUCAACUACUCAAUCUCCACCACCUCUACGCAAUCACCUUCAUCGAAUGUACCUCCACCAACUUCUAAUUCUCCACCCCCCACCAUCAUCCAAUGCACCUCCACCAACUUCUAAUUCUCCACCCCAACCAUCAUCCAGUGCACCUCCACCGACCUCUAAUUCUCCACCCCCACCAUCAUCAAAUCCACCAAAAAGUUCACCUUCCCCACCACCACCAACAUCUGAUCCACCUGCAAGUUCGCCUCCACCACCGCAAUCCCGUCCACCAGUGAGUUCACCUCCACCACCAUCAUCAAAACCACCUGAGAAUUCACCUCCACCUCCGUCAAAGCCACCGGAAACUUCACCACCACCACCCCCAUCAUCAAAGCCACCUGGGAACUCUCCUCCACCUCCAUCAUCAAAACCACCUGAGAAGUCACCUCCGCCUCCAUCAUCAAAUCCCCCCGAAACUUCACCACCACCAUCAAACCCGCCAGAGAACUCACCCCCACCUCCAGCAUCCGUGCCACCCAAAAGUUCACCUCCACCACCAGCAUCAGUACCUCCUACAAAUGCGCCCCCGCCUCCUAGGCUUACUCCUCCCAUUCCACCCGGUUCUCAACCAACCCCUUCACCCCCAAAUUCUCCUCCAAAGUCAUCACCUCCACCACCCUUAAAAAGACUGGCACCACCUUCACCCUCGCAUGCUUCUCCACCAGCACCUUCUCAAAUUCCAAGUCCACCAACCUCAAACACUUCCAGUCCUAAUGCACCACCAAGUUCAAAUGCCACAGGUAAUGGGGGCCUUGGUACUGGAGGUGUAGUGGCAAUUGGUGUAGUGGUUGGGGUAAUAGUGCUUAGCCUCAUUGGAUUGGCUGUAUGGUGCUUGAGGAGGCCAAGGAAAAAGAUAUCUGGAGAAGGUUAUGCUAUGACAUCUCUAGCUUCUUCCCCUAGAUCAGAUUCAUCCUUCUUGAAGACACAUUCUUCAGCUCCGUUUGUUGCAAGUCAUUCUGGCAGUGAUUUCAUGAAUUCUCCACCAGAACCAGCAGGAUUAGGCAAUUCAAGACCAUGGUUUACUUUUGAAGAACUAGAUAAGGCGACAAAUGGGUUUUCAUCUCAGAAUCUUUUGGGUGAAGGCGGAUUUGGUUCUGUUUAUAAGGGAUGCCUACCAGAUGGGAGAGAGGUGGCAGUAAAACAACUAAAGAUUGGUGGGGGUCAGGGUGAGCGAGAAUUCAAAGCCGAAGUUGAGAUUAUUAGUCGCAUACACCACCGCCAUUUGGUUUCUCUGGUGGGUUACUGCAUUUCUGAGAACCGAAGGCUGCUUGUCUAUGAAUAUGUCGCUAAUGAUACCCUAUAUUUCCAUCUUCAUGGGGAAGGUAGGCCAGUUCUGGAAUGGGCAACACGAGUUAAGGUUGCUGCUGGUGCAGCUCGUGGGAUUGCUUAUCUACAUGAAGACUGCCAUCCUCGAGUUAUUCACCGCGAUAUAAAGUCUUCAAACAUUCUUUUAGAUAACAACUUUGAAGCUCGGGUUUCAGAUUUUGGACUUGCCAAAUUAGCUCUUGAUGCGAAUACACAUAUUAGUACACGUGUCAUGGGAACUUUUGGAUACGUGGCCCCUGAAUAUGCAUCAAGUGGCAAAUUGACUGAGAAAUCUGACGUUUACUCUUACGGAGUUGUGCUUCUGGAGUUGAUUACUGGACGGAAGCCUGUCGAUACUUCACAACCCUUGGGAGAUGAGAGUCUAGUUGAAUGGGCUCGACCAUUAUUGAGUUAUGCUCUUGAUAAUGAGGAGUUUGAAGGUGUGGUAGAUCCAAGGCUCGGAAAGAACUACAUUGAAAGUGAAAUGUUCAGAAUGAUUGAGAUUGCUGCUGCUUGUGUGCGGCAUUCAUCUGCUAAGAGACCACGAAUGGGACAGGUUGUUAGAGCUUUUGAUAGUUUGGCUGUUUCCGAUUUAACCAAUGGAAUGAGAGUGGGGGAAAGCGAGGCAUUUAACUCGGCACAACAAUCAGCUGAAAUUAGAUUGUUCCGGCGAAUGGCAUUUGGUAGUCAAAAUUACAGUACAGAUUUUUUUAGUCAAGAUCCAUAG